AUGGCCGGUCUACUUCAGAUACAUCUGUAUCGUACUUUAGGAACAAAUGCAUCAAGUCGGGUCAGUCGUGUGUUGCUCGAAUCAGAUGAUGGCACCACGAACAUCAGAGGAAUGUUUCUGUGGAGAGGUCGCUUAGCUAAGAUUACGGAAACUGUCGUUUUGGCGCCUUGGAGCCUAUGGUUUCAGACAAUCGUAAUGCUUUCCAUUGUAUACAGGUAUACAGUGAGUCUUUUACAUACCUUUUAUUUCGAUGAUGCGAAUCUCUUAACAGAGCUUGGACUUCUCUUAUCCGAAUUCAUCUUUUUCAUCGACGUCGUCUUGAGCUGCCUACACAUGUUUUGGCCGUUACUACGUGUCUAUGUUCGAGUGUACAGAAGAAACAUAUUUCUUUUGAUUUACGACUUGAUAUCGCUUAUUCCGAUCUCUAGGAUGUUUCAGUAUCACGAUGGAUUCGAAAAAAUAGUCAUAUUUGGUCGCUUGUUGUAUAUCUGUCGUAUAUAUAGAUUGUAUUCGUUUUUUGAAGAUAUAAACGAACGUGUAAGUAAACGCACGUGCCGUCGAAGGUUAUAUUUCUUGGAGCACUUUGCGACUGUUCUGCUAGUGCUGCACGCAAGCACGUGUCUGUGGUACAAUCUACAUACCCGUGCUGUUACUAUAUACCACUACAAAAAUGUGACGCUCGGCUAUCCGAAGCCCAAUACGUCCAAGAAAAUAUUCUUUAACAGUUAUUUGUCGUGUUGGUAUUAUUGUUCUUGUCGUUUCUUCAAUGUUAUAUUUGGCGAUACAUUUCCAUUGUCAUCUUAUGAAAAAUGGUUGACGACAGCUUUAUCUUUUAUUGGUUACGUAUUCAUGAGGUAUCGUUUUAUUGGCACGCUGGUUUGGGAGUUCGUCCUCAAAGACAAACGAAGAUCAUGUUUCAUGGAGAAAUACCAACACAUGACGAAUUACUUGAAAUUCCGCGGGGCCCCGACGGAGUUGAUUGAACAAAUAAAAAAAUACCAAACGCAAAUAUGGGAAAUUAAAGACGGAGUUCUUAGAUCUGAUUUGUUGAAGAAAAUACCCAUCUCUUUACGAAUGGAGCUGAUCUUUGAUUUGAAUGUUGGACACUUUCAUGAUUCAAUAUUAUUUAGAGAUACAGACGAAGCUUUCAUGCGUCAGAUAUCCUUAUUGAUGAGACACGAGCUAUUCCUCGCCGGUCAAACGAUUUGGAGUCAGGGAGUCGUGAAGAGUGGUAUGAUUUGUGUCAAACGAGGCGUCCUCGAAAUAUUGUCUGAUGAAGACGACGAGAGUCCUAUGAUUGCGUUUAAAGAAGGAACUGUGCUGGGAGAGUUGAGUUUGUUUUAUUCCAUACCCGCUAAAGUUACAGUCAAAGCCGCAACUUAUGUUGAAGUUCAGGUAUUACGCAGAACUGAAUUCAUGCGAGUGAUAGCUGAAUAUCCGAAUACGUUACAACACAUUCGUGAAAGAAUUCAGGAUAGACUCCAUAAAUCUCGGAAAAGACAGGAGGCUAUAACAAGAAACGAUAAAGGCGAUUUACGUUUGCUUCGAACAAGGUACCGUUCUAUGAAAGUCUUGAAGGACACUUUAACUGGAGUGGAGGACGAAGACAGUGCAUUUGUUGAUGAUUCACACAUGUAUUUUACAGACGAAGACAAUAUUCGUAAGCCUAAAUUCACUACAGAGUAUCUAGAGCUGUAUAAAAUCACUAACAAUGUUACAACAGUAGACUAUCCCCGUAUCUGUCUGAGAUCAAACUUCCCCUGGAUUUUAGAGCCCGACACUAGUUUUACGCUUUUCUGGGAUAUGAUUCACUUUAUGACGGUGCUGUAUGUGUGUGUUACGUGCCCUCGAGCCGCCAUCGAAGGCAAGCAGUCGGAUUCUGAAAUUGUCAUUUCUUUCAUUGUCACAGCCGCUUUGCUUCUGAAUAUAUUCUUACAGUUGACUACAGCUAUUGUUGUGAAGAACAAAAGAAAAAUAACCAUAAAGGAGAUAGCAGAAGCUAAAAUGGGGUCUAUUGGCUUCUACAUUGAUAUAAUAUCAGUAUUUCCAGUGUACAUAUUCACGGAUACCAUCGAUCCUAACGGCGUUUCAGUAACAGGACAAAUAGCUCUGUUAUUCCCAAUUUUACAAGUGUGGCACAUAUGGAAUUACAUGGAAAAAUGGAAAAAUAAUUUAAAAUCUCACCACAAGAUCCUUAGCCUUUUGAGGUUCACGAUUGUGUUUGUGAUAUUCAGUUACUGGUCAGGCUGUUUGUUAUAUAUUUUUGCGUGUCCUAGAAAACUUUGUCGCGAGAGCUCAUGGAUGUGUAAACUAAUAAACUUGGAGACGAAAGUGUUCAUGAAGAAUUUUUCAAAGCAUGAACAACCGAUACUUACAGCGUUGUCUUUCGGUACCUCUAUAUUUACGGGCUCGGGGACCUACGAUUUAACCCCUGGCACUUCGGAUUUACCUCUGGUUGCAAUGAUAUUCAUUUUUGGUACAUACCUGAGUUGUUAUUACACAGCGAACAUUUGUAGCGUCUACAUGCUGUCAACGAGUAGACAAUUGAAUUUCAGGGAAUCAAUGAGGGAAUUAUUCUAUUUCUUAACCGCUAAUCGCGUUAACCAAAGAAUUAAGGCACGCGUUAAAAACUUUUUCUGCGUUCAAUGGUCUUAUAACAAAGCUAUUCCGACUCAAAAAAUAUUUAACGAAAUGUCCUCUAACAUACAGCAAGAGAUCCUAUGUAUUGAAAUGGUUGAUACCUUGCUACAAUGUCCACUAUUUCAGGGAUGCAAUCGCGAUUUCCUUCAGACGAUAGCAGCGAACACCAGAACAAUAGUUUUGCCCGACAAUGAGAUCGUGCAGCACGCUGCAGACAUCGGCCGGGACAUGUAUAUCUUGCAGAAGGGUUAUUGUGACGUGCUAAAUCACAAUCGUAAGAUAGAAAAAAAUAUUGGACCCGGUGACCAUUUUGGCGUUGUAGAGAUGCUCUAUGGAUUACCAAAGGUACACACGGUUCUGACGUCGACAAACUGCAUAUUACUCCACGUUGAAUACACCGCGCUCGUGCAGUGCCUGGGCACGUUUCCGGAUAUUAGUUACCCCAUUAUCACGCUUCAAGAAGAUGUCGAUUUGUUAUCGAAAGCAAAAUGUUUUGAGGAAGCCAAACCUUUGAUUGGACGUCUGGAUGUCAAAAUUAACAGGAUAGCGAGAGAGAUAAAGGAAAGUUUCGUGGUUUUGAACGAACCGGACACGAGAGCUCACUAUUUGGAGAUCUUCAAGAAGUUAGGAGUGAUGAGACAUUUGAGAUACAUAUUUCUACCAAUUUGCAUUACUCCGCACGGCAUAUUUCUAAAAUUCUGGUGCACUAUAAGAUUUAUUUCCGCCGUAAUUUAUAUUAUCGCCAUUCCUUAUAGUAUAGCUGUGAAGCAUUACCAACAUCAUCAAUGCUUCUACUACACAGAUAUAGUGUUAUAUCUAGACGUGAUAAUAAUGGCAUACGUCGCGUACUAUAAUGAACGGUCUUUACUUGUUACCCAUCCUUUAUAUACAGUUCGGAAAUACUUAAAGGGCGCAUUUCUAUGGGAUUUACUUAGCAUUUUUCCAUUUGAAUAUCUGGUCAAAAUCAUUACUGACACCAAUGAUUUGGAUAUUUAUAGAAUCAAUAGGAUAUUGCUGGUAACAAGAUUAACCAGCGCAUUCUCGUAUUGGGAAUCUGAUCUAAUGCAAGUGAAUCCUGUUGUUGUUCUUUUGAAAUUCUUGCCAAUCGCGGUGACAUUGGUGAAUUUUGUAGCCGCCCUAAUCUUUAAGUACUCCUGUGUGCCUUACCUGCCUGCGGGUACAAAUAAAAUCAUGGUAAAUUGUACCAAGGUCAUGUCUAUCGUGAAUUUGAAAACAGAAUCGAAAUAUGCUUUAUCGGAAUACAGCAACGUGUUUUAUUGGGUCUUCGAAAUUUUUGUCGGAUUAGGCUGCACCCCAGUCAGUAUUGGGCACAGUGUUAACGUAUGGCUGAUGAUGGGUCUACAAAUAGCUGGUUUCCUGUACUUUGCUUUCAUGUUUGGUUACGUAUCUUCAACUGGUUCUGCGGCCGCCCAUGCUUUACUGGAACAUACUGAAAAAAUCAGGGAUUUGGCCGACUUCCUGUACCAAGCGAACGUUGAUUCCACAUUGAUGGUGAAAACAUUGAAGUAUUUCGAAUAUGUGUGGAAAAGGACUAAUGGAAGUAACCCGCAACAAAUCUGUCGUCGUCUGAACUCAUCCCUGAUGGAAGACACCCUAGUUUUUAUGUAUGAAGGCGCUCUACGAGAAGUUCCACUGUUCGGGAAAGUGGAAAGAUCUUUCAUCAGGCUUAUCACCCAACACGUUCAUGAAAUGUAUUUUCUGAAAGGCGAUACGGUGAUCCAAUGCAAGGAUAUACAGUCUUAUAUCUUUAUCAUUUACAGGGGGAAGGUUGAUGUACUAACGUCAUAUAAUGAAAUGAUAACGUGUAUGGGACCAGGCGGUAUGUUCGGUAAUUUUACGGGAAAACCAAUGGCAUGUUCCGAGGUAACAAUAUAUGCUAGUCGCAGUUUAGACUUGUUGGUGAUACCAAGUCACACGUUCUUCAAUUUAGUGAAAUACUACCCGAAAAUACAACAACCUUUGAACAAGGCAUUUGAGAGGUCCCGAGAUUAUAUUCUUCCUAUUACUAUGGACACCCAGGAUGAUAGCUCUUCAGAUGACACUGAUCAUGGUUUGCAGUCACAGGAAUCAGUUGUUGAUUCAAAAAGUGAAUCGAUUCGGUACGACGUAGGCUAUUUAACAGUGCGCAAUUCGCAAUCAAACGUUAGCCAGGCGCUAUCGUCGGCAAGUAUAGCGACAUACUUGAGUUACGCUCACAUCUCCAAUGUGUUUCGACCGGGAACUUUAUUAUUUCUGACUUACGGUUAUUUGACCUGUUUUAUGGCAGCAGCUACUUAUUUGCUGGGUUUAUAUGAAGUGGUGACGUUUAAUGAUUGUCCGCACAUAUUCUGGAUACAAGCGUUCUUGGACGUUUUCUUCUACAUCAGAAUGUUUGUGUCGAUGCAUCAAGGAUACAUCAACAAACACGGCGAAUUAAUAAUCGAUUCCCUGAAAUGUCGAAGACGCUAUUACAGUCACAAGCUGCGGGUUUUCACGGACGCACUCGUUAAUUUUCCUUUGGAGUUAUUCUGCUUUUGUUUCCCUUACCCAAUGAAGGCGCUGCAUUAUUUACGUAUUAAUAGAUUGUUGCGAUUAAAAUAUCUAAUUGAAUUUUACAAGCGCACUGCUGCUGAGCUCACUAACAAUCUCACAACUUUACAGUCGACUAUGACGAUGAUCGCUGUGUUUCUCUUAAUUCAUACGUUCACGUGUAUUUGGCUCAUCACGUUGAUUUUAUUUUCUUCUAUCUACACUAUAAGGACGGUGAAAUCACAUUUGAUGGACGAGUGA